ACAGAUAAGCAACGAGUUUGUUCGGAAGAUACGAAUCCGUGCCUGCAAGUUGCCACAAAUCUGACUGCAAGAUUGGGCCCUCAUUUCCAAGCUCCAAGCCUCGCCGCCGCCGCCGCCGCCGCGGGCGACUAUGCCAUUGUCGACCCCGCUCUCACUCUCCUCCGCCGCCGUCGCUCGUCUCCGGCGACCCGCGAAUUACCUUGCUCAUGUUAAGGUCUCUCUCUUUCCUCCUACUCCACUCAUCGCUCCACUCCAGGCAGAGCCCAUCUAGACUCCUCUCUUCUGCCGCCUCCUCCCGUGGUACCCUAGGCGGCCGCGCGCAUGGAACCGUCUCUGCCGUACUGGAGAUCGUCGGCCCCAUCGAGCUUCUGUUCCCGGCCUUCGAGGCGCGCCUCUAUGUGCGCCUCGUGCGGCGCUGCGCGCGCGGCGCGCUCGCCGCGGGCGCCGCCGCUGCCCACGCGCACAUCGUCAAACGAGGAUUUGCGUGCGACAUGCUCGUAUCCAACGUCCUGCUGGAUUCUUACGCCAAAGGAGGCUCUCUUGCGGCCGGACGCCAGCUGUUCGACGAAAUGCCACACAGGGACGUCGUGUCCUGGUGUACCGUCAUUUCCGCGCACGUUAGCCGCGGGAUCUUCGUCGAGGCCAUCGGAUUAUUUAAGGACUUAUUGUCCUCUGAUCAGGUGAAGCCAAAUCAGUUUGUCAUCUCAUCCGUACUGAACGCCUGUGCCAGGUUGGGUGUCAUGGAGCUUGGGCUCAUGGUGCAUGCAUUGGUGGUCAAGUGUGGCUUGGGUGUCGAUAGGUUUGUAGAAGUUGGAUUAGUGGACAUGUAUGCGAAAUGUGGCAACACGGGUGAUGCUUUUAGGCUGUUCAAUGAGAUUCCGAUGAAGGGCUCUGUUGCUUGGAAUGCAAUGAUUUAUGGUUUUGUCGAGAAUGGUUGUUUAGUGGAGGCUGCUGAGCUUUUCCGGGAUAUGCAUAAAAUUGGCAUGUCAAUGGAUGUGGUGACCUUGAGGGUAGUAGCUGGUGUUGCUGCUGUUCUUGGAUCAUUUGAUCUUUCUAGGAACAUUCAUGUUUAUGCUCUUAAAGUGGGCUUGGGAGUAGACUGUUUUGUUGUGUCUGAACUCAUCAAGUCAGCCGGGAUGGUAGGUGAAACUCAGUAUAUUGGAAAGCUUGUUGCUGCAGUUAGAAAGCGUGACGGAUCUUUGUAUUCUUUGGCUAUUUCAAGCUAUCACUCAAAUGGUUGUCAGGAUGAAGCAGUGAAACUUGCAGAAAGGUUUCUUUCUUCAGGUCUCAGCUUAAGGGAAGGAGACAUGGUUACAGUGGUAGGCAUAUGUCAAAUAGAAGAGGAGGUUCGACAAAUGCAUGCUUUUACUCUGAAAACCGGAGGCUUCUGUUAUACUAACGUAUGCAAUGCCCUUAUGUCAGUAUAUUCUGAACUUGGAUCACUGAUGUGUGCGGAAUCAAUCUUCAAAACUAUGCAAUCACCAGAUGUUGUAUCAUGGUCUGGAGUGAUGGCAGGUUGUGUCAAGAACCUCCAAUUUGAAAGAGCGUGCAGUUACUUUAGGCAGUUAAGCAACACUGGAGCACCGCUAGAUCAGCAUUGUGUUGUUACUGUCAUAAAUGCAUGUACUGGUCUUCAGGACUUGGAUAAGGGAAGGCAGAUACACUCGUUUGCUCUUAAACUUGGGCUACUGCUUGCUGAUUUCAUCAGUGCAUCCCUAGUAAACAUGUAUGCAAAGUGCCAUUGCAUUGAGGGUGCUGCUGAGUUAUUCACCCAUGCAUUGUUUCCACGGAAUUUAGUUGUAACUAAUGCCAUGCUCUCUGGAUAUUGCUGGAAUUUCCUGCCAGAUAAAGCUCUGCUGCUAUUUUGCAGGGAAUAUCAGUUUGGUCUGUGUCCUGAUCGAUUCACUUUCUCAACUAUUCUUGGUGCAUGUUCUGAUAUAAGAGCAAAGCAGGCUGGCGAGCAGAUCCAUGGCUACCUUGUAAAGAUUGGUUCUGAAAAUCUGGAUGUCAUUGUUGGAAAUGCUAUCAUAGACCUUUAUGUCAAGUGUGGAUGCAUUUCUAGUGCCUGUAGAUUCUUUCAUAGCAUGAAGAGUAGGAACAUCAAUUCAUAUGCCAUGUUAAUGUUGGGUUAUAUUCAGAACAGAUGCAGUGAUGAAGCUCUUCAUCUUUUCUCUAAGAUGCAGCACAGUGGACUGCGUGCAAACCGUGUCACCUUUGCAAGAAUCUUACGGGGAUGUCGCGAUCUUUGUGCUAUUGAUUUAGGAAGACAACUGCAUGCUUCCAUCAUAAAGAUGGGUCUGCUUUCUGAUGUAUAUGUCACAAAUGCACUUGUGGGAAUGUACAAAGCAACUGACAUUCAGACUGAAUCAAGAAGAAACUCUGAAGAAACGUUGACAGGAAAUGUUUCAGAACAGGAUACCACAGAUAGUUUCAGUUCAGAACAAAGCUAUGUGAGCAGCACUCUUGAAGAACUUGGACUGUUCACAUUGGAUGAAGAGAAUGACCAUGUAACUUCUGCCAAUGCGUGGAAGAUCUACACUGGUGCUGCUUCUCAAUUCUAUGGAACUCCACUUCCCAUUCAUGUGGUUGGACAUGAAUUUGGAAUCAAUAACAACAAUGGGAAUAAGCUUUCGCUAAAUUACAAGGAUUCCAGCUACAAGGGAAAUAUAAAUGGAUCUGUUAAGUUAUAUAACUUGUUGCAAGAGGACAGCACCAAAUCUGAUCACUUUGUCGUCAUUAUUUUUGUUGAUAGUAGGAAUUUAAAGAUGAGGGAUGCAAGAUUUGUUAAUGUGGAACCGCUGAAACGAUAUGGUGAUCUCCCAGCACUUGGGUUUCCUCCUUGACAAACUAUAGUGCGGUAUCAGAAUUAUGAAGUGGACAUGUUAUUCUUCAUUCGGCAAAACUGAACUGCCAUGUUAACCUAUUGGCAUGCAUGGACAACCAACUAUGACCAUAGAUCAGAGUCCAUGCAUCAGCAACUUCUCAGAUCGACUCAAGUGUUAUGAGGCUCACAUGGUGCUGGAUGGCUCAAUUGCAUGGAAAAAUAGAUCAGAACAAUAAUCAAUUGGAUACACGUUACUCAAACCUUUUGAAGUGGGUGAAAUUUGGAUAGGAAAAAUCAGCUUCAGCUUCGAACAUUGAUAUUAUGCAGGCUAGCAAUUUUUAACCAGUUAAACCAGUCAGGUAGAAGUGAGAGCAGUAACUAACGAUGUGCUUCAGUCUACGGUGGAGGAGAGCAGGGCUGCUACGUUGGCUGUGGAGGUGAGCUGGGAGAUGCUUGACAAGUCAUGAUUCUUCGUCCUAGGCUCAGCACUCUUCUCGUAUGUGUUCAUGGUGCCCAGUGGUCUGGCCUUGGUGGUGAAGAAACAACUGGAGGUACUGGCAUCGACCUUUCGUGAAAUGAAUAUUACAGAAGGAGCAACAUUGAACUUCAAUGGCCUGGAAGAAGAAUAGAAGACACCCACAGCACCACUCGGUGAAAUAGCACUACUAUUGAACUGCACGUGUCUGAAUCAAGAAACUUCGAGGCUUUUUUGCUUUUACAUGGCCUUGUUUAGUUCUCAAAAAAAUUUGCAAAAUUUUUCAGAUUUCCCGUCACAUCGAAUCUUAUGGUACAUGCAUGGAGCAUUAUUAAUAGAUAAAAAAUAACUAAUUAUACAGUUUAUUU